AUGAAGUAUUCAAUUGUUAUCGCUAUCCUCAAUUUGUUGGUCCUGGCUUUGGCAUUGACCACCUUGAAAGGUACCAUUAAAAUUAAUACCAAUCUAGUUCAAUUUGAUAGUGCUAAUGAUGAAAUCAAGCAAUUACCUAUUGAAUCACCAAAGGAUUCUAUUCUCAUUGAAUUGAAAAGUGAUGCAUUUUCAACAAAACCGGAACAAAUAGUUUUAUCAUUAGCUGAUGCAGCUACUCCAAGCAUAGUUACUCAUUACGUUCCAACUAUUUCAGACAAAUCAAUUAAAACAACAAUCAACGCUGCUAAAUUACCUGAAGUUUUAAAAUCAAAGGACAAAUUAAUUUUAAGCAUCAUAGUUGCUGGAUCACAAGGUGUUGAAAAUACACAUUCUAAAUUAGUUGAAAUAUUACCAAGCUCUGACUUUAAAGAAACCAGUUCAUUUGUUUCAACCCCUAGAAUUGGUAUUCAACCGGAAAUUCAUCAUCAAUUUAGAGCAGAAGAAAAGACUGUCAAUCAAGUAUUCCCAAUUGCAUUCAGUGCCGUUGCCGGAUUUAUCUUCCUCGUCUUGUUAGGUUAUUGGACCCUGUUUACCGGGGCCGAAUUUGCCAGAUCUUUCAAGAGAAUCACCAGCGGUCAAUUAUUAUACAAUGUUAGUUUCUUAGCUACAAUUAUUGGAUUUGAAUUGAACUUUGUUCGUUACUACUUAGGUCAAUCCAUAUUCACUACUUUGUUCUAUGGCUUUUUUUGGCUAUUUCCGGUGUAUAUUUCGGAGUACGUGUUUUAA